AUGUCAAAACAUGGUCGUCAGAGUAACCCUGCAUCAAAGAAUAGCCAACAGCGGAACAGCCCUGUAACUUCUCAAAUAGGGACGUCUCACAGUGGUCAACAUCAGAACAGCCUUAUACCCUCUUCUGAAAUUGUGACCGCUGUGAAUGGUCACCAUAGCAGUCAUGUGACUUCAUCCAAAAAGACGCCGGCAAAGAAUAAUUUGCUACAGCACAACGCUAAAACUUUACAAAUAGUGGCAUCUCCGAAAAGUCAACAACAGAAUAGCCAUAAAGCUUCGCCUAAAAUUGAAUCAUUUCAAAACAGUCAACAGAAUAGCAUGGCUUCUGCUCAAAUGGGAACACAUCAUAAUGCUCAACAGAACAGCCCUGUAACCUUAACUCAAAUGGGCAAUCCUACCUCAGGUCAACAGAAUAACCGUGCAGCAUCUACUCAGGUUGGUUUAAGUCAGCCUGGUCAUCAGAACAAUCUAGCAACGUCUACAAAACCAGUAACGUUAUCGAAUUCUAUGACGAGAAAUGUCAUUGUAAAUGGUAAUAAGCCAGGUUCUACACUGCAACGUACAGCUUCUGCUGGUGUACCAACUGGAAAUCAGCAAAACAUUAUUCCUACAAUCGACCAAACUGGCAGGCCAGGGACAAGUAGUUUGUUGUGUUCAGUUAAAUUUUGUUUGGGCCCAAUUCGAGACUUAUACUACCUUGUUUCUUCACUUCCUAGUCGGCAGCUUAGUCAGUCGGAUGUGUUAUCAACUGCGUCAGCAUUAACUUCGAACAGUCUUGAUGCACAUUCAAAAACCAACCCACCAAUAGCACCAAAAAGCCAGAGCGUUACCUCGAUUAACAACCAGUCAACAGAUGUUAGUGGAUAUAACAACGCUGCUACUCCACAAGAAAACGUUUCGGCCAUGCCAGCUUCAGCUGCUGUCAGUGACUUGGCUUUUGGAGGAAUAACUGAAAAGCCGUCAAUUAAUCAAAAAUCAGAGUCUGCCCCGGUACAGCAAAAUUUUCCCAAAACAACUAUAAAGUCAUUGGCGUCAACAUCUAACCGUACAUCAGCUACAACAAUGGCAGAGACGAUAUCAUCAGCUGUCAACGUCACUACAAAUUCAAAUCCACCUGGGGCUAUGACAUCAGCUAAGAAUAACGAAUCAACUCCAGCGGAAGCUAGUUAUGGUUCAGCAUCAGCGCCUGUCAACAUCUUCACAUCAACCUUAAAUGCUCAACCUAGUACUCUUCCGUUUGUGGUGAAAACACGUACAAUUGCCACUACAACAGCUGCUACAGUUACGACAAUCACUCGUUUAUCGGCGGCAACACAACCGACGAGGGCUAAUUUAUCAAUUGGUGCAGCUUCAUCAACGGUGCAAGUUCGAGCAACAACCAAUUCAAAACCGGUUCCAGCUCCGGCAACAACCAGUUCAUCAGUUGGUAGAGAUCAAACAACCACUAGUUCAUCAGCAGUACCAGCUCCAACAGCAACCAGUUCAUCCGCGGGUACAUUUUCGGCACAAACUAGUUCAUCAGCAGGUCUAGCUCGGACAACUACUGGUUCAUCAACGGGUACAGCUCGGUCAGCUGCUGUUCGAUCAGUCUUUCAAGUUCCAGCAACAACUGGUUCAUCGACUGGUCUAGCUUCGGCUUCAACUAGUUCAUCAGCCGAAUCAGCUCUAGCAACAAAUAGUUCAUCAACCGGUUCAACUCCGGAAACAACUAGUUCAUCGGCGGGUCAAAAUCUGGCAACAACAAGCUUAUCAGCUAGUCCAGCUACGGCUCCAACUAGUUCACCAACUGGUUCAGUUCGGACAACUGCUGGUUCGCCAAUGAGCACAGCUCAGUCACCUGUAGCUUCAUCAGUCCUUCCGGGUCCGGCAACAACUAGUUCAUCAGCUAUUCCAGCUACGGCUCCAACUAGUUCACCAACCGUUCCAACUCGGACAACUAAUGGUUCUUCAUCGGGUACAGCUCAGUCAGCUGCUGGGUUAUCAGCCUUUCAAGCUCCAGCAACAACUAGUUCAUCAGCGGGUCCAUCUUCAACUGUAACUAGUGUAUCAUCCAGUCUAACUCAGGCAAGCCCUUAUUCCUCGGUUGGUAAAGUUCAAACAACAAAAGGUGCAUCAGCCAAUACAAAUGUUACAACUCAAGCAAACACUAAUUCAUCUCCUCAGAUAACUUCUGGUUUAUCAGCCCUACCAGCUCCAUCAACAACUAGUUCAUCAGCCGGUCCAGCUCCAGCAAUAACUAUCUUAUCAGCGGAUCCAAAGCCGGCAACACCUAGUUCAAACGCGGGUACAGCUCAGUCGACUGUUGCUUCAUCAGCCGCUCCAGCUCAAGCAGCAACCAGUUCACCUGCGGGCUCAGUUGCCAGUUUAUCAUUAAAAUCAGUUCUUGGAACAGCGACAUCCACCAGAUUAUCAGUCGCUACAGAUCCCGCAACCAAUAAUUCAUCUGAAAGUACAAUUUUGGCUACAACAAGUUCCUCAGUGCAAACAGCUCAGGCAACUAACAGCUCAUCAGGUGGACCAGCUCAGACCAUAUCUAAUUCAUCACCAAAUAAUAGUUCGAAGGGUACGGCUCCGCUUAAAAGUAAUCCAAUAGCUACCGCUGUAUUUAACUCCCCGGGAAAUGUUGUUCCAUUUGAAGUUACCGCAAGGAUUAUUCCAACAUCUGUUGAUCUUUUUCAAACUACAAUUCCAGCAAAAGCUCAUGAAAGUAAUAAUUCCUCGUCUGGAACCCUUCGUAAAAGUACGAAUUCAUCAGGGUAUAUGGUUGCGGUAAUUUCUAAUACAUCAAAUUCUAUAAAUACUUCAAGUAGUAUUCCAUCAGCGUCUACAGUUGCAGUAAAUCAUACCGGAGUAGAAGGUACAGCUCCGAAAGUCAUCAGCCCAGAUGUUCAAACCUCUUCUACGGGAAAAGUUAGCCAGGGAAGAUUGGUUAUCAACCGUUUGUAUCCUCAAGCUGUCAAAUAUGCAGAUGUGAAAUCACAAACAGGGUCAUCGAGGCCUGGACACAGGCUUCGAGGGGGAUUGCAAAGGACACUUAAAAUUCCAAGUAACGAAAGAGCCAGUGUGUCGAACAUCGGCAAACAAAUUGUCUCCGACAUCAAAUCCUCCCCAACACAAGGUCCUCGAAAGAAACAAGAUAUUACUCAAACAAGUGAAAAUCUACUUUUGUCUAAAAUGACACAAAAUGCAAUGCACGCUUAUCCCAUCAUAUCAAUAGUCACACCUGACAAAGCAACUAGAUCUGGAAAAGAUGUAUUCAGAACUUCCGCAGUGUCGACGAAUAAUGAAACAACACAGGUUUCUCACAAAGUAUCGGCUAGUCGACCUGUUCAGGGUAGAGCUACUAUCAGUAAUAAUACAUCAUCAUCUACAGAAAUGGUGACGGCAUCAUCGGCAGGUCAAAAUGAUAACGCUAAGAUCACUCAAAAUAACGCUAUCAGUUCACUUGAUCAGAAAUCGAUUAAUGCUAUUGCAUCUCAAAUACUGGCAUCGUUGUUGACGAUAGUUUCACAACAGACCGCUAAGAAAGGGCAUCAAAACGGGGUUGGCAUCCUUUCAUCUGAUAUGAAUCGACCUCAUGGAAGAAGUGUGACGUUACAGCAUGCAGUACACUCUCAAGUGUCUACAGAAAUUACGAAAAGACUGUCGAACGCCCUUGGUCAAUCGCCAGUGACAAGUGGGGAUAAACAUCGCCAACUACUUUUGGCAGUUCAAGCGACAGAAGGUCCUCCACCCCCAGGUAUAACUACGCAUUCGUCAUCCAUUCAGAAAAGUGCUGUGGUUGUAAAGGAAUCUCCAGCUAAUCUCGCGUAUUCUCAUCCAUCUAUAGUGAACCGGGACGAAACGCCUUAUCGUUCUUCAACUCCAUCUCCGCCAGAUAGCAGCACAGCUAAGUCACAAACUAAUACCGUAAAUGAGGUUACCUCAGUGCAACGAGAGAGAUUUAACAAUUCAGUAUCAACGAAGCUGCAACCUCCUCAGGGCACUGAACUAAACAAAGCAGGUCAAAGAAAUACGACUUUACAGACAAAUAAAUCCAAUCCAACUAUAGCAAGCCAAAAUAUACCACAUGAACAAUCUGUUAUAAUCAGGAAGAUGUCUUCUCCACGGUCAGUGCUUAACAGUAGUGUAUCUUCAUAUCAACACGUUGGUAGCACUCAAACGUCUAUAUCUCAGCAAGGACAAACUACAACACAACAACAACGAACUGGUGCAAGAAGUCAAACUACGCCACAACCAAUUGUUGAUAACAGGGGGACUCAAUCUCAACAAAAUGAUGUAUUAGGUCCAACUACACCACCGCAAGUAACAGGACAUCAGGCGGCGCAACAACAACAAAAUGUCGCCAUAAGUCUCGCAACACCGUUACCGCAAAGUGUAACCUUUCCUACAACUCAGCGUCCGUCAUCAUCCACCAGUCAUCUAACAUCUUCUAAGGCAGCUGAACAAAAGUCAGUCACUCCAUCUCCUCUAUCUGAUUUGACAACACCAGUUCAAUCAAUUAUUGCAAACCAGGUCUUCAAUCAACCUCAGCCCGCUAUACCACAGACAGCUAAGUCUGGUCAGUUAUAUACGGUUCCACAAAAUCAGGCAAGACAAGGUCAGACGACAACUCAACAAAAUCCAACCCAGGCAAACACACCUCCGCCACCCCAACCAAUUGUACCUAAGCAAGAAGUUCCCCAACAUACAUCUCAACCAACAAUUUCGGAAAAGACAAUUCAAAAACACCCAAAUGAGCUUAAACAGAUAAUUAAACAGCAAAUCAAUCCAACUGCUACGGAACAAUCAUCUACUCACCCAUCAGGUGUUAUUCCGACAUCUUCGGCUCAGCCUAUUGUAUCAAGCCAGGACAUAAAAUCGCAGAAAAGUUUUUCCCGCCAUUCUAGAUUAAACCACUUCGAUCAUGGUAGCCAGGCACAAUCUUAUCACGGACAGGGUGUUUACAAGGAACUCCAAUACCAUUCAGACGUAACCAGCAACAUUAAAACAUCACCUGCACCUGCCAGCGAUGUUGCAAUGCAUCAUCCGCGUCCCUUAGGAAAUACAAACCCCACUGUUAUCACUUACGUAGUGCCGUCGCAACAUACAUCGAGUCAAGCCAGCACUGAAAUAAUCAAGACAGCUUCUUCACGUCCAGCAGCUCAACUACUCCAGAGUAACAGUACAUCACAAUUUACUAUUGUUACUCAGUCAGCUUCAAAUCACCUAAUGCUAAUUACCCACCAGGCUACAGUGACUCCCCCUCAGCCUCUUUCAUACAACAAGGCCGACCAAUCCACAGCAACGGAUUUAAAUAGCAUGAAUUCUCCAGUUAAACCACCAUCUAGUAAUAGUGCGGGGAUAAUCAGCUCAUCGCCGUCUGGUCAUAGCGCGGGAAUAACAAGCUCACCGUCAUCUCGUAAUAGUGCGGGAAUAACCAGCUCACCGCCAUCUCGUCAUAGCGCUGGAAUAACCAGCUCACCGCCAUCUCGUCAUAGCGCGGGAAUAACAAGCUCACCGCCAUCUCGUAAUAGUGCGGGAAUAACCAGCACUGCGCCAUCUCGACAUAAUUCGGGAGUAACCAGCUCAACGCCAUCUCGUAAUAGUGCGGGGAUAACCAGCUCACCGCAAGCUCGUCAUAGCGCGGGAAUAACAAGCUCACCGCCAUCUCGUAAUAGUGCGGGAAUAACAAGCACUGCGCCAUCUCGACAUAAUUCGGGAGUAACCAGCUCACCACUUCUUAAAAAUGAGGGAAUAUCCAGCUCACCGCCAUUUCGUAAUAGUGCGGGAAUAACCAGCACUGCGCCAUCUCGACAUAAUUCGGGAGUAACCAGCUCAACGCCAUCUCGUAAUAGUGCGGGGAUAACCAGCUCACCGCCAUCUCGUCAUAGCGCGGGAAUAACAAGCUCACCGCCAUCUCGUAAUAGUGCGGGAAUAACCAGCACUGCGCCAUCUCGACAUAAUUCGGGAGUAACCAGCUCAACGCCAUCUCGUAAUAGUGCGGGGAUAACCAGCUCACUGCAAGCUCGUCAUAGCGCGGGAAUAACAAGCUCACCGCCAUCUCGUAAUAGUGCGGGAAUAACAAGCACUGCGCCAUCUCGACAUAAUUCGGGAGUAACCAGCUCACCAUUUCUUAAAAAUGAGGGAAUAUCCAGCUCACCGCCAUUUCGUAAUAGUGCGGGGAUAACAAGCUCACCGCCACCUCGUAAUAAUGCGGGAACAGCCAGAACCGCGCCAUCUCGACAUAGUUCAGGAGUAACCAGCUCACCACUGCUUCAUAAAAAUGCGAGAAUAACUAGCUCGUCGCAUUCUCACCAUAGUGUGGAAAUGACUAGCACACUGCAAUUUCAUCAUGGUUCAGGAAUUACUAGCAAACCGCCAUCUCAUCAAAGUGUAGUAAUAACCGGCCCAUCGACGCCUCCUCUCAGCGCUGGAUCGAUAACUAAACCGAAGUCUACCAAAGAGAGUGCUAAACGAACGCAAGCAACACGGACAAUGGUCACACAAGACCAACACCUACCUGUGCAUAAUACGAUAAGUGAAACUCAGUCAAGCCAGCCCGGUUCAAGAGCCGAUACUAUACAUUCACGUCGAAAUCAAUUAUCAAAUAAUAUAAUCUAUGGACAUGGAAUUGACAAGCCACAUUCCAGCCUAAAGGAUUGGGAGUUUGCUGCGAUUGCCGCUGGUAUUAUCGGCUCCCCUCCACCCCCUAUACCCGCUCAGCCAGUGUCUCAGAGCUUUUCUGCUAUACCUGAUGUUCCUAAAGGUCUGGAAUUUCUUUCCAAAAAUCAAAGAAAGGAACGUACACAUUCCAAAAGUCUUUUAAGGAAACUUAUUUCAAAUAGCCUGAAACCUGAAAACCCCGUUCAAAGAGGAGGCCAGGGUUUGUCAGUGUCACAUGAUGCAGUAAUAACCAAUGAGCAGGUGAGAAUGAAGAAGAUGCCAGAAGGUCUGAAAAACAAUACUGAACAGUCAACCUCUCAUGGAAAACGUGUCAGAGAAAUGAAUAAAGUACAGUCAAGUAUAGUUCAGUCAAACUUUCAGGAUCCACUUUUAUUAGAACAAUUAGUGUCUUCAGGAGGAGUUAACACUGAACCGGUUGCUCAAUCACCGGCUUUCCAAGUGUCACCAACAUCUAUAACAAGUGUCGAACAUGAUCAUUCUAUUACGACAAAUGUUCCAAAACGUAGCCUCCCACAGAAAACAUUCACUGCACCAGAACAGUUUGGUACAAAAGAUAUCGUUAACGGUAUUUCAAGCAAUGCCGACAUUUUUAAAGUGUUGAAAAAUGCCGUUAAUAAACAGCGCAUGUCUGUUGAUACCGGAACCAGAAAUACGGUUACUAAUAGUAAACAACCAUCGGAUGUAACUAAUACUGUUGACAAUAAGCCGUACAGUGUGAACCAGAUCAUGUAUCCAAUUGAUAUUUCACUGUCUGCCUUGGAGAUGAUGGUAGAUGUAACACACGGACGGUUAAAUCCGAUUAAACCAGUUAAGCAAGGUCAUACAGAGAGGGUUAUAUGAGAUGUACUGUUAUAGGAAGAUAGUUUAAUAUGAACACGUAAGGAUACUCAGCCAUGUUUUUAUGUUAUUCGAUACGACGUCGCCACGUGUGCUUACAUAUUGUUUAUGGAGCAGGUGGUAACAUUCUACGAGAGUCAUUAAUAUGUAAAUAGGUCAGCGUUAAGCAGGCGGGUCCGUUCAUCCUAUUACAAUCCAUUGUUUGUGGUUGAUUUUUAUGGUAAUUUCGUAUCGAGAAUUACAAAAGUACAUAUGUAAUAUUAAUACAUAUUGUACCAUAAUCUUAUGUUGCAUAGAUGGUGACAAAUAAUGGGACAUGGGCUUCUGAUGUCAAGACUAUAAACCACAAACUGUGAAAAGGAUGUUUAUCAAUUCUCUUUGACAAUUUCGAUUGUUUUGUACGAUGUUACGUUUUGACGCACGGAAAUCGUUAAAGAACGUCAAAGAGAGAUAAUUGAACAGACUGGAGUGAUUUGCAUACAAAUGAUACAUACAGUGAACUCCAUUAUCCCGAACUCUGUUAACUCGAAGACCCUGCUUAACCCGAAGUGAACAUACAGCUCAAACAAUAAAAACACUUUAUGUAAAAUAUUCUCCGUUAAGUCGCAUACUCAAACAACAUUUCGAAGUUUUUAUCUUGACACCAUUGACUUUUAGAUAAUGAGCUUUGACUUUAUAUAAAACACCACUAUCGACAAUCAGUUGGUGUAUGCUGUGUCGUUGGUACUACUUUUGUUUACGUACCAUUAAACUAUAAACAUCAA